AUGUUCGCCGCCGCAGUCUCUGCACAGAUUCCUGCGCUGCCGUCGUGCGUUCCGCCACCAUCCCGGCCACGCCGCGUGCCAAGCUUCCAGCCCAUCAACACGCUGCUUCCAUCAGCACCGGACCAUCUGCGCGUCUGAGGUACAGUACCACUCUUCAGCUGUACCCUUCGCCGCCCGUGUGCAACACACGUCGACCCAUCUCCUAGGCGCGAGCAGGCGCCAGAAAGCGCUUGCAUCCAGCCCAGCAUGCCGCGCACCGCAUCGAUCGACCCAUUGCCACUUCCAUACAAGCUCUUCUUUCUCUGGAUAGAACCUGUGUCCACCAUUGUCGGCGCAUACUUCGCCCACUUUCAGCAGGAGUACUACAUGCACGCCACCGUGCCCGAUGCUGGGGCGAUUUCGAUUCGCGAGUCCGUUGUCCUGUCCCAGCUCGCCAACCUGUACUUUGCCUUCACCUUAAACGAAGCUUUGGUUCUCCGCGCUACGAGAUCUCGCAAGGUCUGGAAUACCCUUCUGCUUGGCCUCCUCAUUGCCGACUUUGGUCACAUCUACGCCUGCAAAGCUGCUGGAUUCGAGCUCUACUACAGCAUCUGGAAGUGGAAUGCUAUGUGGUUCGGGAACCUUGGUUUUGUUUAUAUCGGCGCAACUUUACGAACAUGUUUUCUGCUUGGAAUCGGCCUUCCGAGCUAACUGCGAUAAUGCGGACGCGUGAGCAGUCAACUCAGCGCGGCAUGAGAUUGAGGACAUGCAUGUACAAACAACAUUCGGAUGCCGAACUCCUACCGAAUUGUAACCGUGGCCCGUACUCGCGACACCACUGUACCAGGACAAUCUAUACGUUCGUCACUUGACCGCGUUACGAGUGUCGCGAGCUUCUGGGCUCACGCCAAGCCAUUCAACCCUAGGGCAUCUGGGUACAAUGUUCCAGAGCUACCUUCAGCCAAACAUCAGACCUAGAGUACCACAGUUCCCGAGUUCUCGACGCUUGAGACGUACGACUAGUUGCCGUAACCAAUAAAAAGUCGAACACUUCAGCUGAACAAUUCAGGAAUGCUUGGUUCGAUCAGAUCACCCUCAAACCAUUGGGGCCCAAGCUGUAGAUUUACCUCUCACGCAAAACACGUGAAGCUCCGCCCAUGCUUUCGUCGACGCCAAUCUCCGUGCGGGCUCUGUUAGAUUCGAAAGGCGGCAAUGCGGCAAGAGCGGAUUGUAAAUCGCGUCCAACGUCGAUUGCUCAACGAUCUGAUCAGCUUCUGUCGAAACACUUCUCACUCAUUGUAUAUUGCAGUAACAACGUGCUGUGUUCCGCGAGACGCAAAUGUGGCAUGGGAUCCCAUGAGCCAAGGAAGGACGAGCGUCGACGUCGACUUUGCG